AUGGAGUUUAUUUUGCUGGGAUUUCCUCUCAGCAGGCAGGUGGAGCUGCUGUUCUUGGUGCUGCUACUGCCCACAUUCCUGCUGACGCUCCUGGGGAACCUGCUGAUGAUCUCUGUGGUGCCGUCCUACUCCCGCCUCCACACCCCCAUGUACUUCUUCCUGUGCAACCUCAUCCUGGACAUCCUCUGCACCUCCGUCAUUUCUCCAAAAGCAUUGGCCAACUCAGUAUCUGGGGAUAAAACCAUCUCCUUUGCUGGCUGUAUCACCCAGUGCUAUUUCUACUUCUUCCAGGGCACGGUAGGGUUUCUCCUGCUGACAGUCAUGUCCUAUGACCGCUAUGUCACCAUCUGCUACCCCCUGCGGUAUAGCACCAUCAUGAGGCCUUCUGUCUGCAUUGGGACCGUUGUGUUCUCUUGGGUGGGAGGCUUCCUGCCUGUGCUCUUUCCAACCAUCCUCAUCUCCUAGCUGUCCUUCUGUGACUCCAACAUCUUUGACCACUUCUUCUGUGACAGUGGGCCCUUGCUGGCCCUGGCCUGUGGCACCACUGCCAUUGAGCUGAGGGAUUUUAUGCUUUCGUCCACAGUCAUCCUCUGCUGCAGGGUCCUCGUGGCCUGUUCCUAUACGUACAUCGUCCUGACAGUAGCAUGCAUCCCUUCUGCAAGUGGGAGGAAGAAGCCCUUCAACACCUGUGCUUCCCACCUGACCAUAGUUGUGAUUUCUGGUAGCAUCAUGGUUAUCUAUGUGACUCCCUCCCAGAAAGAAUAUCUGGAAAUCAACAAGGUCCCUUCCAUCCUGAGCAGUAUUGUGGCUCCAUUCCUCAACCCCUUCAUAUAUACUCUAAGGAAUGACACGGUGUUGGGGUUCCUCAGGGAUGUGUGGGUCAGGGUUCGAACAGUUUUGGAAAAGAGUAUGAGAACAAUGCCGAGGAGCGGAUUGUCCUCCAACAGUGACCACAGAGGAGGGGCUAGUUCCUCUUUCUCUUCACUACCGGGUAUCCGUCGUUCAAAUCCCCAGUAUUAA